AUGCCGCGGCCGCGGGCGGAGCUGCGCGGACGGCUCCGGUACCGGGGCUGCGGGCCGAGUCCCCGCCUCAGCCUCCUGCACGUGCGGCUCUCGGCGGCGGCGGCGCGGGCGCUGCGCGGCUGCGGGCGGCGGCAGGGAGCGCCGGGGCCCGUGAUCGCCUUCCAGGGCAGCCAGGGGUGCCUGACGGUGCCGGGAGGCCCCGGGACCCCCCCGCAGCUCUUCGCCUUCUCCCUCUCCCGCUGCAGCCAGGACGAGCCGCACAGCAGCUUCGAGUGCGUGCGGCUGGCGGUGCCCCGGUUAGGUCAGGGCCGGCUGGACAGUCUGGGCAGCAUCCAGCAGAAAAUCACAGUCUGUGCCUGGGAGAGCAGCUGCCCACCGCUAUGGGAGCGUGUGUCCCCGGCGAAGGAGCCCCACAGCAGAGCAGUUGUUGAGCCUGAUCUGGCUGUGCUUGGCUAUGGCAAAGGCAUCACGGCUCCCGAGAAGGCCAGCAUGACCGGCCUGCUGGGGAAGGGUUCUGCCUGCCAUGUCCCUGAGAGCAGGAACCACAGGCCUGCAGCAGCCAGCCCCAGGGCUUCUGUUCAAAGCCUGGUUCAGCCCCAUUGCAAGCACGAGCUCCUGCAGCGGCUGGGGGGGAUGCCGGCAGGCAGGCCCAGCGGGACACAGCUGCUGGCGGCGCCGGAGGAGGUCAUGGAUCCUGCUGCCUGCAGCUACCACGUGAGGGGGACCCUGGUGGGCCGGUCACAGGAGGACUGCACAGGGUACACAGCCCAGGAGUGGCAGCAGGCUGCCCUGCUGCAGUGCAGGAACCAGGACCGCAGACCCUCAGCCCCGACCUUCUUGGUGCCUCUGCAGCAGCCUCUGGAGCAUGGCUCCCCUCAGGCCACUGGCAGAAACCUUCUGGGGGUGAAGCGCCUGGCGCUGCUGGAUUUCUCAGAUCCCAGAGCCAGCAAGAGGCCCCAGGCCCCGGUGUCCAGCCCUGGCUCACAAAAGUGGCACCGGAGCUGCCCACAGACACUCAGCAUGCGGCACCCAGGAGCACGGGGCCAGCAGCAAGCUGGGUCUCUGCCCCCCAGCAGCCAUGCUGGGGAGCUGGAGAGCCCAGAGAGCAAGGAGGAGGCAGGCGAUGACUGGGAGGAGAGUGCCCCAUGCCCGGAGCAGCAUCUUCCUGCCCCUAGAGAUGUCAGGUCCCAGGCUGGCAGCUCCUCCUUAGCAGACAUCCCGGAUUACUUGCGGAAAUACCACACCAUCUGCUCAGUGGAGCAGCGCAGAGCUUAUGAGGCAGCGUUUAGUGCAGACUACACGGAGUACCGCGAUCUGCAUGCUCGCAUUGGUAACGUGAGACGGAAAUUCAUUCAGCUGGGAGCCAAAAUGAAGAUGUUGAAAGAAGGAACAGAGGAACGCAAGGCACUUGAAGCUAGAAUUGUGCACGAGUACAGCCACUUCAAGAAGACUUAUCCUAGCUACCAGCAGGAGAAGAAUCGCUGUGAAUACCUCCACCAGAAGCUGUCUCACAUCAAAAUUCUGAUUCUACAGUAUGAAGGAAGCGGGAGCUCCUAG